AUGCCCAAAAUUAGAACGAACCGAACGAAACCACCUCCAGAGGGUUACGAGGAUAUCGCUGACAUCCUUGAAGAUUAUGCCAAGAAGAUGAGAGACGCCGAGAACGAUGAUCAUGAGGGAAAGCGCAAGGUUGAGUCGGUCUGGCCUAUCAUGCGGAUAUCGCACGCUCGAUCUAGGUACAUUUACGACCUGUACUACAAGCGGGAAGCGAUCAGCCGGGAGCUGUACGACUGGCUGUUGAAGGAAAAGUAUGCGGAUGCCAACUUGGUAGCAAAAUGGAAGAAGAACGGAUACGAAAAGCUCUGCUGCGUCAGAUGUAUUCAGACCAAGGAUAUGAACUAUCAGGGGUCGACCUGUAUCUGCCGGGUACCCAAAGCGCAGUUGAAAAAGGGAACCGUAGUGGAGUGCGUGCAUUGUGGUUGUCGAGGAUGUUCAACCGACUCGUAG